AUGCUGUCGAGAGCAAGUAGAAGGAUAGUUGACGGCAGGAUAAACCAAUUGCGUGCGCUGUCUAAGUGCACUGUUCAAUAUCAAACUUCAAAGAAGUCUCUUGGAAGAUUCUCGGUGAAUAAGGAUGAAGGAGUGAACGACACAGUGCAUUUAAAUCCAACCUCUGGGACUCUGGGAUCCACUUGGAAAUAUGCUCUAGGUCUAAUUGCAGCUGGGUCUCUUACAUACUACUAUGUCAAUAACGAGCGUAAGCUGUUACAGACAGAGAAAGAGCAAGAAGCUAAUCGAUUAUACGGGGAGAAGUUUGUCGGUGGACCAUUCCGGUUAGUAGAUACAGAGGGGAGAUCAUUCACUGAGAAGAAUCUAGAAGGAAAGUUCUCCCUGCUGUAUUUUGGUUUCACACACUGUCCCGACAUAUGUCCCGAGGAGCUAGACAAGAUGAAUGAUUGGAUCAUUGGCCUUGAAAGCAAGGGGUUAUCUGUACAACCUAUAUUUAUAACGUGCGAUCCAAUUCGUGACACUCCAGAAGUUGUGAAAGAAUAUCUGAAGGACUUCAAUCCCGGUAUGAUAGGUCUCACAGGUACUUAUGAAGCGAUUAAAGAUGUCUGCAAGAAAUACAAGGUCUAUUUUUCCACUCCCGAAAACGCUGAUCCCAAGAGCGAUUACCUUGUGGACCAUUCGAUAUUCUUUUAUUUGAUCGAUCCUGAAGGCAAUUUCAUUGAUGCUUUGGGUAGAAUUUAUGAUGAAAAAUCAGGACUAGAGAAAAUUAUACAGAAUAUUAAGGCCUACACUCCAAAAGAGGAAAGAGAACGUAGAAAUAAGAGCUGGUAUUCGUUUUUAUUCAAAUAA